AUGCGUUUCUCCUCCCUCGCUAUCCUGUCUCUGGCCUCCGCCGCCGUCGCCGCCGACCUCAAGACCUGGAACGAUGUCGUCGGCGACGUGCCCUCCUGCAUCAAGACCUGUCUUGACACCUUCUACAGCAGCUCCGGUCUCGAAGACAAGUGCGGUAGCGCCGAUUCCGCUGACGUUACUUGCAUCUGUGAUAUCAGCGGUUCCGCUUCCGAGUACCGGGACGAGUCCACCAAGCUGAGCACUUGUAUCCAAGACAAGUGCGAAACCAACGAGCUCGCCGAGGCUGCUAGCACGCUCAAGGGCUUCAUGGAGCGUUUCCAGAGCCUCGAAGGCCAAAGGGCUCCUCCCGACUCUGACUCCGACUCUGAGUCUGACUCUGAGUCUGAGUCCGAGUCCCAGCCCAACGGCGCCGGCUCCCUGGUCCCCGGAUUCAACGCCAUGAUCGCCUCUGGUGCUCUCCUCUUGGUCGGCGCCGCCCUCUAA